UUUUUUUAACCUUUACCCUCAUGAGAAAUUCCUGCCCUCAAGAUUACCUGUUUUGAUAAACCUGACCCUAGGGCCUAAAAAAAUACUUUCAAAAUGGGCACGGAAACUAGUGAUGGCUACAUACUGACGCCAACUUUUGGAAAGUACGUCCUUGUGAUAUGUGGCACACUAAACUUUGGUUUAGCAAUUGCUGUCCCCAUGUCUAUGUCUGUUAUGUUCCUGGAGUGGCAUGAUUCUUUUCAAGUCUCCAGGGCAAGGACCGCUGCCGUCCAUUCAACAUGCAUUGGCAUCAUAUUUGGUGCAGGGGUUAUUGCUGGGUAUCUCAUGAACAAAAUUGGAGCCAGAUUGACCUGUAUGGUAGGGUCAUUCCUAGCUACAUCUGGUCUUUUGAUUAGCUGCUUUGCUACAAGUAUCACGUACAUGACUGUGUCCACAGGGGUAAUCACAGGCUUCGGGUUCUGUCUGGUGCAGCUGCCCUGUAUCCCCAGCAUCACCCCACCCUUCACCAAGUACAGAAGUUUGUGCAUCUCAAUCUGUACCUUUGGUGCGGCCACAUUCAACAUGGUCUUUCCAUACUUCUACAGGUGGCUCAUCAAUCAGUACAGUUGGAGAGGUGCAUUUUUUAUAUUGAGUGGUUUAACACUGCAGACAUUUGUCUAUGGGUUAGCCAUGACCUCAACCAUCAAAAGAAGGAAGUUGGUGGGAUCCACCAAUCAGGAAGCUUGUACCAUGAACCUAUUGGAAGAGAAGGUGGAGACAUGUGACAAUCAUGUGACUGUGGGUGAUGAAGGUCAUCCAGUUGAUGGAGAUUUAGAACUUCACCACCUUAGCAGCAGCUCAGAUUUGGAGUAUAAACAAAAGAAUGGUAACUCUUCCUUAUCUGAUUGUAAACAAAAUGGGGAUAAUCCUUCUAAUUCGUACCCACCUUUGUUAUCUGAUUCACAUCAUAAGAGAGAUACAGAAGAAGAAUAUUGUGAAGCUAACCCAUCAUCUUCUGAAAAUCCUAAUGAGAGAUCAUGUGAUGAACUAAAAAACAACACAACAAAAAUGAGAUGUUUACUGUAUUUAGAUGAACUGAAAUCAUCCAAAUGGAGAUUUAUGAUCGAUCCAGUUUUUCUUUUGUUUUUGGCUUUUCUCGGCGUCACCCUAAGCAGCAUCUUGGCUUGUUACGUCCUGCUCAUGGACCUGGCUACAAAUAUUGGGUUCAGUGAAUCAACAGGGGUCCUGUUUAUUCUAAUCACAGCAGUAUCAAAUCUGUGUGGUAGGAUUGUGUCAGGCCUGAUGAAUCUGGCACCCAGGCUGCAUAGCUUUGUCAUCAUUUGCUUGUUUGGUGGACUUGCCAGUUUGGCUAUGGCCAUGUUGGGCGUUGUUACUGACUUUGGUUUGAUUGUUGCUUGUUUGGUUCUUUUGGGAUCUGGGAUUGGAGCUCUGGCUAGUAUAUAUCCCAAGUGUAUUUUGGACCUAAAAACAGUGGACAGUGAUUCGUAUCCUUUAGCCUUGGGCAUCACUUGCACAGCGGAGGGAUUUUUCGACUUCGUUAUUCCUAUAACAAUAGGACAUUUAGUAGACAUCUCUGGUUACUAUUUUCUCCCUCUGGUAGGACUUGCCAGUUUGUCCAUGUUCAUGACAUUGGUACUCUUCACGGCAUUUUGUAUGAGUCCUCAUCGAAAAAACCCCAUUAAAGAAUGAUGUUAUACAGUCCAAACAAUAACAUUUUAAAACUUGCCUGAGUCCUCAUU